AUGAAAAAAUCGAUUGUCUUAUUGACUCUACUCAUUGUCUUGACAAACACUCAACGUGGAACCUUGGUUACUCAUUACGACUUGGAUGGUAAUUUGAUAUCUGAAGAAAUCAUGGCUCCAAUAGAAGAUGAAAUAACCUAUUAUGAUAGCAAUGAGUCUGCUAUUGAUUCUAGUAUGAAUCAAGAAACAUAAAAUUAACCAAAUUUAACAACUCCUUAAGAAAGCUAAGACUCAGCGUCAAUUGAUGUUCCAAUUUCAACAGCCAAUACGCUAGAGCCAGCAGAAUCCGAUUAACAAUAAACAAAUUUGAUAGGAUCUUCUUUUGAGAUAUAACCUGUUGUAAAUUAACAACCUAAAAUAGAAACCUCAAUAGAAUAAUAGCAUAAUUUAGAAUAAUAAAUAGAAGGAGAAUUACAUUUGCAACAAGUCCCUAUGAAUUAAAACCUAGAUUUGACAAUUCAAUAAUAAAACAUUCCAGAACCUCAAUUUUCCAAAGAACAAGAUGAUAUUUCCAUCCGAAACGCAGACACUUAUUUAUAGCCUGUUGUUGUAACAUCAGAUCAAAUGCUUGUUGUCUAAAAAGAUAUUGAUUAACAGACAAAUUCUAGUGAUAUUAACAACUCAAUUUUAAAUGCUUAAUAAACACCAGAUAAAUUAAAUCAAAAAGAGUAAGAGUAAUCAUAGAAUAAAGAAGAUCAAUAGAAUUAACCAAACACAAAUGAAAAGUUGGAAGAAAAUAAUCUAGAAGCAAAAUAAGAAACCACCAAUAAAGUCAUCUAAGAUAUGCCUAUUUAAGAUUCAGUCAUAAUUUAAUCAGGUAAUGAAAUUCAUAUUGCACAAAAUGCUUAUGAAAUUUAGUCAGAAAGUUUAGGUUCAGUACAAGAAUAAUAAGAAAAUUAAAAAGAAUAAAUAAAUAUCUAAACUACCAAUGCAGAUGAUUAGUUCGAAGUUACAUAAAAUUUUGGUAGAAUUAUUCAAGAUAUGGUACCUGAAUCAGACGAAGACACUCAAAUACUGGAACAGCCAGAAGAUUUAGAAUUAUAACAAAAGGCAGUCCCUUAACCAUCCUAAAUAGAAGAAGAUAUCAACUUUAACAAUGAAGAUGAAUAAUUAAAUAAUUAGGUGGAAAAAUAAGCUUAAGCAUUUAAUGAGGAUAAACAAGAAAAUUAAGCAUCAUUUAGUAAAGGAAAUGAAUAAUAAGAAUAGUAAAUUGAAACAGAUGUGCAAGAAAUCACUUAAGAAUCCACUUAGGCAUAAGAAGAUAUACCUGAAGAGUUGAAGCAAAACGUAAAUUCGCUUGAAAAUAAUAUUAAUAAAUAAGGAGACAUGAAAAUUAAUAAUCCCUUUGAAGAUGAUGGUCUAAAGCUAUCUAGUGAGAUUAUUCAAAAUUAAUGCAUAGUAAUUUACUCUGAAUGUGAGUAUUAAGGUUUAGCUUUAGAAGUUUGCGACAGUUUAAAGGAUAUUGAGUAAUAUCUUCAUCUGUAUUUUCGAUAGGAAAUUUAAACAUAAAAUAAAAUCCAUUUACAUCCCAAAAGGGUUUGGACUGACAAUCUUUGA